AUGGAUGAGGUGAUCAAAAUCAUGAAAGAUAAACUUGUUAUCAGUUCAAAGGAGGCAGAAACUCUGCAGGAAAACUUCAAAAAUACACAUUUAGAAUUUUUAUAUAACUUUAAAGAGAAUCUAACAUCUUUGCCUUGCGGAAGGAGAUACACAGAUGAAGUUAAGGAAUUUGCGUUAACUCUCUACUUCUACUCACCAAAAGCGUACAAAUAUGUUAGAUCAAUAAUCCCUCUGCCAAACCCAUCUUUAAUCAGGAAAUGGUCCACUUCCAUUAAAUGCGACCCUGGAUUUAUUGAAGAAGCAUUUACAUCGCUAUCCAAACAAAUUGAUGCUUCCCCUAUAAAUAAGGACUGUUGUCUGGUUAUCGAUGCCAUGGCAAUUCGCAAGCAAACAUUAUGGAACCCCCAAAAGGACCAGUAUUCAGGUUUUGUUGAUCUUGGCAAUGAAAUUCCAAAUGUUCAGUGUGACAAACUGGCAUCUGAGGCAUUGGUUUUCCUCUUAGUUGGAACAAGAAGCCAUUGGAAAUGUCCAAUUGGAUACUUUCUAAUCGACAAAAUCUCAGCCAAAGACCAAGCGAUGUUGGUGUCAAAAUCCUUGGAAAAGACUGCAAAGGCAGGUCUGAAAGUGUGGUCAGUGACAGCUGAUGGAACAGCAGUAAACCUCCGAACAUUCGAAAUACUUGGUUGUAAAUUAUCCGGCACGUAUGAUGAAAUGAAAACAUCAUUUAAGCAUCCAACAACUGGGGAAGACGUUUAUAUAAUCCUUGAUCCAUGUCACAUGUUGAAACUGGCUCGUAAUGCUCUUGGCCACCUUGGAUCCUUUGUUGACGGUGACGGAAAUGAAAUAAAGUGGCACUACAUCAAAGAAUUACAGCAACUCCAACAACAGAAAGGACCUCAUCUUGCCAACAAGCUCUCAAUGAAUCACCUUAAAUAUGAAAAACAUAAAAUGAAUGUUAGACUGGCUGCACAAACUCUUAGUUCAUCUGUGGCAAAUGCAAUCGAGUUUCUAGAUGUCUCUACUAAACAUCAUAGUUUUUGUGAUAGUCAAGGAACAGUCAAAUUCAUCCGCACAAUAGACCAACUUUUUGACAUGCUCAAUAGCAGAAAUCCUAUUGGAAAAGGGUUCAAGACACCUCUACGUCUCCAAAGCAAGGACACAUGGCAAGAAAUUUUUUCCACCACAGCGAAGUAUCUACUGUCGUUAAAAACUAAUACCCCCAUAACACAACUACUUUCAACAACUGCACGUAAAACAUUUAUAAUCGGGUUUGUAACCUGCAUCAAGUCAACAAUUUCUAUGGCUACACAAAUGCUUUGUGCACAAACCAACCCAUUCAAGUACCUAUUAACCUACAAAUUCUCGCAGGAUCAUAUCGAACUGCUUUUCUCAUGUAUACGAUCCAGAGGAGGAUGGAAUAAUAAUCCCAACUGUUUACAAUUCAUGUAUGCACUUAGAAAAAUGCUGAUGAGGAAUGCCAUCACUGCAUCAAAAAACGCAAAUUGUGUGGACUUCACUGGUUGCAACAGCAUUAUUCCACUUUUUCAUGUUAGAAAACACAAAGCACCACCAACUAACAACGAAAACCAAGAAGAAAGCACAUCUGAUGAGAUAAAUGCCAUGUGUGAACAGUUGGACCGAAGUGGGCACAGCGAAUUUACUUCUAAUGUGCUUUUUUACAUCGCUGGGUACAUAGUAUCAAAGCUAAUGGAAAACCUACCUUGUUCUGCAUGUAAAAGAAGCCUUUUCGCUCUGCCAAAACAAACCCCUGUAAAUGGGCAUGAUUACACCUCCAGUUUAUAUCAUGAGGCUGGCAAAGCAUCGUCUUUCACUAGAUUCGUCAAUCAAGGUGGUUUACAAAUCCCAUCAACCUCGGUAUUUCGAACAAUCGAGUACAGUGAACACGUUUUUAAAGCAACGGUCUGUGGUAAAGAUCAUCAACAAAUAAACAACGAGAAAAAUCUAAAGAAAAAAAUGAUAAUCAACGUAUGUCACCACUUCACACUGGAUACAACAGUGGAUGUUUUCACAGAUCAUGAAGACGGCGACAACGAACUGUUAA